CUUAACCGGAAGUAAACUUUCAUAGGCAAAUAAAAGUUUGUAUCCUAAGUUUUCUACAUAUUUUGUUCGUUUAUCGCAUACGGAUAAAACAAUGGCGUCAGUGUUAGCAAUUUCGGCAAUUAUUUGCGUUUUAUUAGCGACUGUUGCCACUAUAGUUUCAUUUUCAACUCCGAACUGGAUCGAGUUUGCGAGUAAAAGCACAGACGAACUGUGCAAGUGCAGCCAGUGUGAUUGUGGCCUGUGGCUCCACUGUACUGGGGGAUCACUCUCUUCUACUGCCAAUCUGGAUAACUGCAAAUGGUUCUUUGCUGAUGAUUUCUUUAUAGAAAAGAGUCUGCCUGACUGGUUCAAGGCUGUUCAGGGUCUGAUGUCGUGUGCCCUGGCCAGUACAUUGCUGGCUCUACUCAUAGGCCUGUUCUCGCUGUGUUGUUCCUGUCGCAGUUGCAACCCCAACAUGGCCGCCGGAGCCUUUGCCAACCUCACCUUCCUGCUGCUGGCGGUGGCAGUGAUCCUGUAUGGUGUUCAGGCCCACAGGCAGCACAACGCCAUGGUACUGCUGGAGCAGAACUCUACCUACCCUGUGUACGGCUGGAGCUACUGGGUCGGCGUAGGAGCCUGUGCGAUGUCCCUACUCUCAUCUCUACUGUACUUCUGUAUCGGGCGCAAGGACGACUAUGAGAUGUAGGAGCCAGGUGUGUUGGGGUCCUAGCGGAAGAGCACAUCCUUGUACAACCAGGACUGGUGUGCAAAUAUUGUCCUCAGACGGUCUACAUGUCACUGUAAAUAAGUCUGAAUAAUAAUAGAUAAAAAUUUUGUAUGAAACAGUUACCACUUUCGGUCAAUUGCAAAAUUAGAUUCUUUGAUGGAAACUGUUACUGUUUUAUCUCAAAUCUUAAUAUUUAAAAAAGAGAGUCAACUUAUAAGAACAUGUAUUGAAACUUGAUGUUUUAUUAUAUGGUUGUUGCUCAUGUUUUUAAAAUUAGAUAUACUUCUUAAAUUAUUAUUUUUUAUAUUAUUGAAAUAUUAGAAUAGUAAAAACAUUUACAACAUGAAUCGUGAACUUAGGUUUUAUCAGGUAUUAAAAUGACAAAAGUCUUUCAAAAAAAGACAUAAUCAAUGUUUUCCUUUUGUUAAGGGCCUACAAGAAUUAUUUUAUUGGAUCUUAAUGGAUCUUUUCAUUCUUUACACAUGGCAUGUCUAGAGCUGCGAUCCGAAUCCCUCCAUUUCAUUUGCAAACUGUUCCUAUUGACUUACUGAACUUUGUAUUAGCAGCCUAUUUUGCAGGAAAGGUAACAAGCUACUUGCUAACUGGCUUGUUGUAGAAGAAUUGUCUUCCAUAAUUUAAUCCAAGGUACAUCUACUUGUACAUCUACAUUCUGUAUGAUUUUUUAUAUAAUAAUCUGCCUUAAAAUUAAAUACAUAACAUGUAUGUAUGUUUCAUGAAGUGAUUUUUAUUCAUCAUGACUCCACAUUCUCAGAAUAUUUUAGUUCCUCAGGUUCUCAGGUUAGAGCCUUAGGGACAAGGUCCUCUUGUUUUUUAAUUUGUGUUAAACAGUUGGAAAAUUGUUGUUUUCAAUCUGACAUAAAUUUAAGCAAAGUAUUUUCAAACAAAAAAUGUUAGUUUGAAAAGUUUCCUGGUUUUUAUUUAUUGAUCAUAACACAAGUAAUUUAGACCGGUUUUGUUCAUUAUCAUCUUUAAUUGAUUUUAUUAGAUAUCUUUUAACAUGUACAUUUUUAUAUAUUUGUUACAUCCAUGAGUUAAAUGUAUAUGUUUUAGCUGCAAAAUGAUAUUUUAAUGUUGUUAAGUGUGUAGCUUCUAAAUGGUAAAUACAGGAAUUGUUGUUAAAAAAUAUUAUGGAUUUUUGUAGUAAUUUUUUUACAUACAAGUAAAAUAUGUCAAUACAGAUGUAAAUGUGACUUUAAUAGUUCAGGGUCUAUAUAUCACCUUAUGGAGAAUCUUAGAGAUUGCCUCCUGGUUAUGAGUUGAUAUCUAUUUUUUAUCUACAUGUAAAUAGUUGAAGUUUUGAUUGUUAUUGAUAUAAACAUGAACUUUUGACAUGUGCAAGACGCUAAAAUCUGUUAUAGAUUCACUAUAACAUUCUCUCUUAGCUAUUUUAUAUUGAGUUGUAGCAUUGUAUUUUUUUCAAGAAAAGGCAUUUUAACCAUUAAAGUGAGUGCACAAGUAUAAUGUAACUGCACUAUGCAGCUAGUUCCUCGUUUGGUCAGUCCAUUGUAAAUGUCCAUCAUUCACUAUCAUGGUCAAAUGGGAUUGAAAUAGGGUCGAUUUUCAAAUGUGCUUUGUAGAUUUACAAUACUGUUCUAUGCACCCUGAGUUGUUCUAUUUUGUUUCUGCUAAAGAUACACAAUCCUUGUCAGUGUGACACCACCUUAGCUGACUGGACCUGAUAACUUCAUGUAACCUGUUUAUGGAAGAGUCCUGGUCUUAUAUAGGGAGUCAUGUUAAGGUGACAUUUCGAGAGCCAUUAUAAAGGCUACCUUCAACUUGCUGUGAUAUUUAACCCUUGCCCACCUAGAAGCGUAGUGAAAAUGGCUAUAUGCAACCAGCAUAAAACCGCAACAGCCUGCCUGUACUUGCAGUCUGUCAAGAUUUUAUGCUGUUUGCUGCUCAUCAGUAUCUUAGGGUAGGAAAUGAAGACUUUUAAUCUGGAAUUUAGUAAGAAGGUCUUAAAUUUAAUGUGGUUUUCUAAGAGACAUAAACUGUCAAAGUGCCUGUCUGAGGGUGAAGGGUUAAGAAAUCCCACUUCAGGCCCGAUGUGGCGCCACAAUAGUGACAUGCCAGGCAACCCCAAAGUGUAUACAGACUGAAGUGUCGGGCAGGUCAAUUUUAUGGCAUUGAGUUCGAAGUGUGGUUUUCAAUUUCUUAUAUUGAACUGAUCAUUUUCAUCUUGUGUAUCAUCAAGUGUAGCUAUUAUAAAUGAUCGUAACAAUACACACCUUGACAAAGAUUGUAUUAACCCUUUCCAAGUGAAAAUGUGCAAACAGCAUAAAACCAGAACAGCCUGCAAGUAACUCGUAGUCUGUUCAGGUUUUAUGCUGUUUGCUGCUCAUAGGUAUCUAAGGGUUGGAAAUGAAGCCUUUCAAAUUUGAAUCUAGUAAUAACGAUCUUUAAUUAAAUGCAACUUUCUAAGGGACUACAAAUGCGUCAAAAUAUGUAUAUAAGUGGGAAAGGGUUAUUCUUAUUGCCAGUGUCAACUGGAAAAUACAAUGAAGCCCUACCUUACAGUUCAACUUAUCUGUAUGUCAUAGAUCUGUAAGCAUCUUUCCUGUAAGGAUUACAACUCAUUUGCCAGUGGUACCAAAAUAUAAAAUACUCAUGUUUUGUAGAAGUGACAGUGUUCAGCUGUAUCUUAAAUGCUGUUGUAUUUGUAUGGUCCUGCCAUUAUAAUCGUAGAAGGAAUAGUGUGUAGUGUUCUGGGAUUUUUGUUUUGAAAGUUUUGUGUUUGUCCUAGAACUUUGUCCUGUAUUAUGGAACUUUGAAAUAAAGUGCCCAAAAUAAUGAUAUAAAAUAAAUUGCCUUCAAAUUUUAGGGAAAUAAUAUGUUAUUUAUUUCCGUAUCGUGUGUGAUGGGAGUCCUGAAUGUAAGAUCACAAGACACAAAAGAUCAGCUAUCAUGAUAACAUAUCAAGUGCAGCAACUAAUGUGCUUGCAUAAAAGGUCACAUUCAGGUAAUGGGAAAGUUGUUUAACAGAAUCAACGAACAUACCAUGUACAUUUGUACCAUGUAUUUUCAGUGUUCAUUGUUUUGACUUAGUACUUUUUUUUUAGGUCCAUUAAAAUGUAUUAGAGAUAUUGCUGUCAAUGGAUACCUUUUUUUACUGUCAAUUUUGCUACUGCUUUUGUACAUUUGUUUUUGUGAUUGAUUUUACUUAUUUAUAAGGUUGUCACUUUUUGUUGCAUGCAUUAUUGAUAACAUUAAAAUUCAAAUGUUACUUUUUUAAGCAUGGAUAUGUUUUUUAUUGAUGUUUUGCGAUGCAAGCGAAACAAUACAUAUAUGGAUUUUAUACUUCUGUUUACAUGCAAUAGACUUAGUAUAAAAUAGUUUAUUUUAUUUUUACAAAAAAGAUCCCCUCUAUAUUUUAAUGUUGUCUGUAGUUUUAUUUAUAAAAACAGGUUGUAGAGUUAGGUUCUUCUGAAUUAAGUUCAUUUUGUAAGUGACAGUUCAAUAGUUGUAUGGAAAUAUUGAGUUUUACAUCAACCUCAUUCCUCUUAUAUUUGUUAAGCCAAUAAGCACAAAUUGCAAGUUUGAAUAAUAUCCAACAAUCUCUAUAGGUUUUGUUUCUGUACAUGCUUCUGGACUUAAAUGACACAGUGACUGUGAUUCAUUGGGAUAUUCUUUGAUGUGUUUUACCUGACUUCAAUAAAGAAAAGAAAUAUAUUAGAUUAAAUGGUAAUUACAAAUCUUGAAUGUUUUACAAACGCUAUUUUUAUUAAGGUAACAUACAAAAGCCCUCCCGCGAUAAAAAACAACUUAUAUCCAUCCUCUUCAAAAUUGUUUGGCAAGAUAAUGUCCGAGCGAUCUUUUGCCCCGGAACUAAAAAUAUUCAUGUAUUGUGUGUCAGGUUGAUGUUGGCUAAAACAAACUGGUUUUGUAUUUAUAAUAAGGGUUGAAAUCAACAAGCAGUAAGUUAUACUUCAAUGUUUCACAUCCACAUGUAGCAUGGUUUCAACUAACAUAGAAUUCUGUGUCUGCAGAGAACGUCUUUUUUAUUUAAGUACAUUUUUUUUAACAUUAAGGCAAGUUUUAUGUUAAAAAAUAUUGUUUGGACAGCUUAGAAUAUAAAAAUAUUCAUUAACUUAAAGAUGCAAUCAUUGCUGCACCCAAUAUUCAACAUAAUAAGUUUUAAUAUGAAUAAUCUUGAAUGUUAAGUAUUUUUUAGUGAAAUUAACAAUGUAUUACUUAGUGUAUUACAUAUAAGUCAGGAUGUGAAGCAAGUAUGUUAUAGUGCAUAUAGUCAAGACAUUGUGCCAUAUAUACAUGUAGAUGAAGCUUUUGUGCCUUUAAUCAGUAGAUUAGUACAUUAAAAUUAAGAUGAACAGCAUGUCAAAUAUUUUAAGAAUGUCAAAUGCAAGACUAAGGUUUAAUUGAUAACAUGCCUUAUGCAUGUUUUCACUUCAGCUUUUAUCAGUCUGUAGUGUGCUGUUUUAAUUUUGAUCACAUCUAUAUAAUAUAUACGGAAUAUUACGCUAGUCAAUUGUUCCAAGAGUUUGUAUCACUCGAGUGGCUUGUGUGAUGACGUAUCACACGAGAGGCGGAGCCUCGAGUGUGAUGCGAAAUAGCACAAGCCACGAGAGUGAUACAAACUCCUGGAACAAUUGACUAGCGUAAUAUUCCUUUUAUUAUAUACAACAACUAACGAAAACAGUUAACAAAUGUAUUUUUUACAUUAACAAAACUGACAAAACAAUGACUAAAACGGUACGCCAUAGUUUAUUUAAGACGCGUAUGAAUACAGUUAAUGUAAAUUAACGUGUAAACAUUCGAACCGGGAAAACACAGGUUUCCGACACGCUUACCUUAAUGCCAUCGUUAAUCCAAUUUUUAUAACAAUUAAGUUGACAACUUUAAUCCGAUGUUUAUAACAAAAAUGUUUAAACGAUAUGCACUUCCACUUCUAUCUUCCAUGUCUUUAUCGAAACUUAGUUUAAACCAAACUAUUUUAUUGUAUUCCUAUCGAAAUAUACAUUUAUGCAUGAUAAACACACACUCCAAAAUACGUUUUUAACACAUAGUUUACUGUUAAAAAACACCACUGUCCGACAUGUCCUUACAGAGUUUAGAUAAAACUAUGGUGUUUUGUCACAGAAAUGACGUCACACGAUGUACUACGUAAUAUAUUUCGUAAUAUAAAAUAUUUCUAUUUUCGAUGCGUGUAAUGUGACGUCAUUAAAUGGGUCGAAGUAGUCCGGCUAGUAUGGUAAUACGGAAUUGGAAUUUUUAUUUCAACGAUUGAUACAACCUGUAUUUUGUUAAAAGCAUUAAACAGGUAUAUAAUAAAAUAAGUUACGUCUGUGUAUGUUUGUUGAGCUAUUGUUCACUGGUGUUACUUCCCUGUAAACAUGCAAGCAUAGGGCAUUAUUGUCAUGGCAAUUUACAAGUUUCAGAUAUGAGAAUGACAAAUUGAAGUUGGCCUAUGAGAUGUAAACUGCUCGAGUGUGAAUAUUCCGUCCUAUCUGAGCUAUAUUUAACUGCUAAAAAAUUUUUAACCGAAAAACAAAAUCAGUACAUUUGAAAAAUAAGCUAACAUUGAAAUGAUUAUGGAUUGUACUUUUAGCCCAUUUAUACAAUAUUAUUUUCAACUGUGUGUCUGUUAGUAAAUCUUAUGGGAAUAUUGAUUGAUUGAUUUGGCCCAUAGGAUGGUGAUAAAAAGUGCCCGCUGUUGUGAGAUUUCUCCUGUCUAGUCAUGUGCCUCUCUGUACAUGAUAUGUGUGCAGUAGUUGUAGAUAGAAGGUUGGUUGUGUGGUCAGCUGUGGGUGUGCAUGCAGCCAAGGCUGGUUGUGUGGUCAGCUGUGGGCAUUACAUUGUUACAUGAGUCUUGCUGUGGGAAAAUGGGGCUAAAUGCGUGUGUAAAGUGCCACCCCAGAUGAGCCUGUGCAGUCCGUGCAGGCUUAUCAAGGACGGCACUUUCUGCUUAAUAUUGAUUUUCGCCAAAUAGAGACUUCCUUUAGCCCAAAAAUACCAUUAAGCAGAAAGACCCUUGAGACAUGCAGUAAGCCCCAUUUCCCCAGAGCAAGGCUCAUAUUAGAAAGAGGUUAUUUAAUAACUUGUAUCUAUUAGAGAGAGGUUCAGUAGGGUAAAUAACAGCUCUUUAGUUUCUACACUUGAGUUGGUCUCUAUAUCUGGUACUUGUCUCAAAACUUUCCAAGUACAGGUAAUUGGGUCUAAAUCGAAGUGAAAAGCACACCCAUUCAAAGUUGGUAAAUAUCUUGUACGGACAUCAUUGCACAAAUACAUUUAACUGUGUUAGGUAGGGAUGGGUUCUGUAUCAACAUACAUUAAAUAAUGCGUACUAAACUGAUACAUAAUGAAUAACUGUACUUCAUGUGUAUGUAAUUUAUUCGUGACUAUAUUAAUGUGCUGAAUGUUUCUCAGCAACAUUAGAUACGACUUAUGUUAAAUAAAGAUGUAACAAUUAUAUAAUUAUAAUACUGUUCUGUUGUUAAUGAUUCUUUAAAUCUCAUGUUUUGGGAUAUUCACAUGCAUAGGAUAUUGAUUACAUUAAACAGAUAAUAAUGAUAAAUUCUGCGAGUGUAUAAAAACAUGACAGCUAAAAUAAGAACUGUGUGCAAAUCAUUUACUUUAUGAGAUGCUAGCAAUAUGAUCAAAAUUUAAUAAUACUCAUGUUUUAUUUUUGUCUUUUUUAACCAGGUUUUCCGAAGGAAAAAACUGGUUAUUAGAUUGGCGAAUGCGGGCGGGCUGGCUGGCUGGCGGGCUGGCGGAAUAAGCUUGUCCGGGCCAUAACUAUGUCGUUCAUUGUCAGAUUUUAAAAUCAUUUGGCACAUUUGUUCACCAUCAUUGGACGGUGUGUCGCGCAAAAUAAUUACGUUGAUAUCUCCAAGGUCAAGGUCACACUUUGAGUUCAAAGGUCAAAAAUGGCCAUAAAUGAGCUUGUCCGAGCCAUAACUAUGUCGUUCAUCGUCAGAUUUUAAAAUCAUUUGGCACAUUUGUUCACCGUCAUUGGACGGUGUGUCGCGCGAAAUAAUUAUGUCGAUAUCUCCAAGGUCAAGGUCACACUUUGAGUUCAAAGGUCAAAAAUGGCCAUAAAUGAGCUUGUCCUGGCCAUAACUAUGUCAUUCAUUGUGAGAUUUUAAAAUCAUUUGGCACAUUUGUUCACCAUCAUGGGACGGUGUGUCCCACGAAAGAAUCACGUCAAUAUUUCCAAUGUCAAGGUCGCCACGACUAAAAAUAGAAUAAAAAAAAAAAAAAAACUUACAAAGGGGGUUAAUUUUUUUUGGUCAUUUCAAAAGUUCAGUUUGAGUUUUCUCCCUUUAUCAGAUUUUUUUUUCACAAUGAAAACCUGGUUUUGUGACAAUUUUGUCCCUUGUUGAUAUAUAAAUUGAGUAAAAAUGUAUACAUGUAAUAAACUGUCUGACAUGUUGUGGUUGUACUGCAUGGCUUUUAGCUCACCUGAGCACCAGGUGCUCAUGAUGAGCUUUUGUGAUUGCCUUUCCAGUUGUCUGUCGUCAGUCAUCAACAUUUGCCAUGCUAACAGUCUAGAGGCCACAUUUAUUGACCGAUCUUCAUGAAACUUGGUCAGAACAUUUGUCAGGAUGAUAUACUGGCUGAGUUCAAAACUGGGUCACAUUAGGUAAAAAACUAGGUCACUAUGUCAAAUUAAAGAAAAGGUUAACACUCUAAAAGGGACAUCUUGUUAAUUGUUUUGUAGUUACAUAUAUCACUAUUAAACUUGGUCUAGAUUUCUAAGCCGAAUUCAAAGAUGGUUCGUGUCUGUUAAAAAACAUGGCCACCACGGGGCAGUUUUUCCUGUAUAUGGCUCCCUUAUAAACACUAAAGAAGUCACAGUUUUUGUCCAAUCCUCAUGAAACUUGCUCAGAAAAUAAAUUCUAAUGGUAUCUCAGCUGAGUUCAAAAAUGGUUCUUGUCUGUUGACAAACAUGGCCGCCAGAAGGAUGAGCAUAUUUUCUUAUAUGGCUCUAGUUGACACUAAAGAAGGAACAUUAUAAGUCCAAUCUUCAUGAAAUUUGGUCAGAACAUUUGUUCCUAUGAUAUCUUGGCUAAGUUCGAAAAAUGGUUGUCGCCUGUUGAAAAAUAUGGCCAUCAGAGGUUGGGGCGAUUUUAUUUUAUGGCUAUAGUGAGACCUUGUUAACACUCAAGAAGUCAAAUUAUAUGUCCAUCUGCAUAAAAGUUGGUCAGAAUAUUCUUCCCAGUCAAAUCUCGGCAGAGUUCUAAAAUGGGUUAUUUAGGUUAUAUAAAAACUAGGUCACAAGGGGAAAAAAAGCUUGUCAACAUCAAGAAGACACAUUUCAUGUCAAGGUGAGCAUCUUAGGGCCCAGGACCUUCUUGUUUCAGAAUUCAUAUCUACUUUGUGUACAUUGUUUGGAUACCCUUGCAUUAAUUUAUUACAUUGUAUUAUUUGAUACCACAUUUUCAUUUUGUGUGCGUGUACACUGCAUGAUCAUCACCCAUAUAAUCAUGUGUACAGUUUUUAUAGGUUAGAACUAUAGAUGAAAAUGUUUAUAUAUAUAUAUUACUAUAAUAAAACUUCAUGGUUUUGGUAGAA